AUGUCUAAGCUGCGGCUAUACAAAACACUGAUCAGACCAGUGGCCACCUAUGGUGCUGAGACGUGGACGCUGACUAGUAGAGAAGAGCAAGCAUUGCGUGUUUUUGAGAGAAAAAUUGUAAGGCGUAUCAUGGGACCAGUCAGGACAGAAUAUGGGUGGCGCAUUAGAAAUAAUGAAGAGAUUGCCAAUUUCAUGGGACCAGAAGAUAUUGUACGAGUUAUAAAGGCGCAACGGUUGAGAUGGUUGGGGCAUGUCCAGAGAAUGGAGCACUGCAGGCUACCGCAUAAUUUGUUGAAAAGUAAAAUGAUUGGUACGCGUAGAAGAGGAAGACCCAAGAGGAGAUGGCUGGAGGAUGUGAGGGCCGAUUUGCGUGUUUUGGGCGUCAGAGGAUGGGAGAAUGUGCUCCAUUGGACGAUUCGACGAUUGGAGGCGAAUUGUGCAGGAGGCCAAGGUCCACAUCGGACUGUAGCGCCAAUGAAAGUAAAGUAA